CAGAAAUAAGUUGAGAGCUGUGCUGCGCAUGUUCUGAAAGAAUAUGAAACCCGAUGGAAAUAUACAAGAAGAUUUUUCUCAUCGCCGCAAAAUGACUACUCUACUCACGGCGCGCUAUUGUGAGUUGAGUAUCGAACAACAUAAAGGAACCAUCACCAAAACCCGGCGUGCUGUUUUGUCUGUGCCAGUCACAUCCUCGCCUUCCUUUUUUUGAUGAAUCCAGGACCCACACGUAAUUUUUUUUCUCGGAGCUGCAGGAAAAAUAACAGAAGCAGUAGUAGCAGCACCCAACAGUGAUUCUGAUUUCGUUUCGUGCAGACGAAGACUGUCGACGCACCUUACAACACCUAGAACAAAUUCUACUCACUGAACAAACCGGUGCGCGGACACGUACUUACUUACCUACGCGGGAAAUAAUAGUAGUUGCCGUCACUGCAACGGAGUAGAAAAAAGAUGAGCAGUUAUCGGCGCGGGCGCGACUACCGCGACGACGACUAUUACGGACCGGAGUACAAGCGCCGGUCCCGUGGCCCUGAACCUCCGCGGGGCAAAGACGGGUACGGCAGCAACUACCGGGACGACCGUGACUACCCGCGGUCGCGCGGAUCCAAAGGCGGUUACUACGAUGCGCGAGGCGACGAUUAUGGGCGUGGCGGGUAUAAUAACAGUUUUCCUGCUCUUUCUCCGCAUACGAAUAGCUCGCUGCGAAGGUCGUGACAUAUCACAAAGAACAGUCUGGCCACUACUACAAGUACAACCUGGCUGAUGAUAUUCCGGCAGUAGGGUUGGUAAAACAAAGAACCAAAAAUCCACUAGUGCAGAGGAAGAUCAGGAAUGAAAAGAACAGGCAUGUUGACAAUGACUCCCUCAAGGCGGUGAAUAAUAACGAGCAGUAGAAGUAGUCUUGAUGAGCAACUGAGAACAAUCGCUCCUGAAGAGGCCGAAGUAGAUAAAAUCCCGUGGUCCACUCAGAUAUGGAUCCGAAAUUUGACAUAAGAGCGUUUUCAUCCUCUUUGAUAUUCUCGACGGUAAGAGAUGAAAAUUGGGGCAUUAGCCUUUCUCUUGCGUUGUACACGCUUCCUCGUUCUGGUUUCAUGCAAAAAAUAAGAACCGCCGUGCAGUGGCAGUGCACAGGAACGUAAACAACGACACUUGUCGCCUAGACGAGGACGCUGGAGUGGGUGACGUGAGUCGAUCAGGGCAAAGAUUAAAACCCUUGUCGCCGGAAAAUCAGAUCCACAACUUCACUGAAUAAGUCCCUCCCAUGCGGCGUCGCUAGAAGCGACAGAAACCGCCCUGCGCCGCUAGUUGUACGUCAUCCGCGAGAAAAAAAGUAGCACAGCAGCCAGCAGCUACUUCAUCCAUUCAAAUGAAAAGAGUCCCCAAAUAAAACCAAAAUAACAAAAAGGCGAGAUAAGGGCGACAGAGACCGUCCGCGCGCUUACAGCAGUUACCGUGAAGGGAAGGGCGGUCGCAGUGCUUACGAUCCGCCGGCGGGCAGCAGAAACACGCACGGCGAAAAUUUUGAUCCGAGAUAUCCGCAGGGGCUUGUGAAUAGUUUGCGUCUUCUGAUCCCGGACCAGUAUGUGCAGAGAGUCAUUGGUAAGUACUUACAACUCGUCUUAGAAGCGACAUGCUGAGUUGCGUUCUUGCAGCGGCUACUUUUUCUCGCCCUCUUGUAGCACAUUUAUAUCUUCGCUGGAAAUUUUUUUCUAUUCCCAUCCACAGGUGAGCGCGGCGACGUGGUGCGGAGAAUCGGGCAGGAGUGCCACGUGUUCAUCAAAAUCUCCUCGCAGCCCUUCAAGACGAAUGACCACUGCACCGACCGCGUGGUGUCGAUCUGCCCCAUGGACGCAGACGGCAAGAAAGGCGACAGCAAGUGGAAGAACGCCAUCGAGCAGUGCACCCGGGCGCUGUGCCGGGUGAUGCAGGAGGCAUUUCCGCACGUCGAAAAGGAGAAGGACGGGGUGCACAAGUGUGUGGUGCUAGCGCCGGCCAACUGCGCCGGGCUGAUCAUCGGGCCCAAAGGCAGCCGCGUGGCGCAGGUGAAGAACAACCACGACGUGGACAUCCAGCUGACCAAGCCGCCGCACGGCCAGUACGACGAGGAGGUGCUGUUCAAGGGAAGUCUGAAGAACAUCGAGGCGGUGCUGAACCAGCUGAACGACGUGCUGAAAGUGUACUGGGCCAACAUCGACCGCGAGGACCAGCGAGCCUCGCAAGUGCUGCAGGCUAACAAGCUCAUCAAGGAAAACGCGAAAGGUAUGUUUUCUUUUGGGUGUACCUGUACUUCAUCUUCACUUUUGAUAUUGUCCUGGUGAGUCUAUCGAAAUCAUCAGCUUGGAAUACACAGAGCCAUUGAAUUUCAUCUGCACGAAAAGAGGCGGACCGUGCGAAGAUGAAUAAUUUUCGAAAAAAUCACUUUCCUCACUGACUACAGGCGGCGACCUGAUCCCGGGCGCGAAAACUUACGAGUUGGAAGAGAAAGAGGAGCAGUCCAAGGUGUCCGCUGCGCCCGUGUCAAAAAGAACCAGCAAGGCUGCGGGUGACGCGGAUUUGGAGAGCAGCCAGGAGCAGAGCCAGGGCGGCGACCGCGAGAAGGAGGGGGACGAAGCAGGAGUAGAUGCGGACAAAGCGUCGCAGCGGGGUAGCAAGGAGGUCGUCGAGGAGGAGGACUUCGGGGACGAUCGGGAGGACAGCAAGAGCGAGAAGAGUAGUGCCCACGACGAGGAGUCGGAUGUAGCGCCUGUGCAUCACGAGAACAAUCCGUUCCGCGACGAUGACGCGGAGGUGUCGCAGCGCAAAAGCACGAAGAGAAUCGCGUCGAAGCGCAUCGCGGACCCCGGGAACGACGAGACCCGGAAGCCGCGAAGCUGGCCCAGCGAGCCGGGACUGGACAAGAUGUGGUCCACGUGUCCCGACAUCCCAGUGGAGCGACAGCGGCAACGCGCGUUCCAGCUGGCGCUGCCCAAGGGCAUCACGAAACAGGACAUCCUGGGCAAGGACGGGUGGCUCGUCCGGGUAUUCUACUUCAGAAUUUCGUUUUGAUGCGUGUCAUUCUGUGAGCCACACACAUCCAAAUAUUUUUUUUCGCACAACACCACCCAGAGUCAGCAUGUCGUGAAUGGCUUACUUCUCAUUGUUGUAAAAUGAAAUGGAAGUUGCAUUUUGUACUUCUUCUGUAACAACAGGAAAUCCGCGCGGAAUGCGAAGAGACAGGGUUGGGAAGAUUGAACCAAAUUGUCGUGAUGGAGAGCAACGAGGAAGUGCAAGUUCACUGCACCGACGGUGUCCUUCCCUACGUGGUCGGCCGCGUCAGCCGACAGUAUGAUUUUCUUCAUCUUUUUGUGGUUUGUACGAAGAUUUUUGUUUUUCAUUCUCUCGAACUUAGUAUCCAAUUUUGUACUCCAAUAUUCGCAUGCUCUUCGUGUUUGAGUUGCGGAAUUUGAUGACUGAUGUUUUGAAGAUCGAUGAAAAUAACGACGGAUGAACACAGGUUUCGCAUCGUGGAGGCCCGGUAUUUGGAGAAGUUUCUCGGAAGGAAAAACGCGUCCUACAAGGAAUUGCACCGACGUGCGCCGAAGGACUCCGAGGUGGAAAUGUUCGCCCUCGUGGCGAAAGAACUGCCCCGCGAAGAGAACCGUGUUUUGGUGCACCGCAACACGCUCGAUCGGGACGAGCCGGCUAAGUCCGCGAAGGUGUGGGUCGAUCGCACGACUGGAGAGAUCACGGAGCCGCAGCCUGGGGACGCGGACUACCACCUGCCAAAGUACCACGCGAACCGGGAGGCACGAAAGAGAAAAACCUCGGCGCCCCGCAACAUGGCCGGCGCGGCCAAACCAAAGAUCGCGGCGCGGCAACCCAGUCGCAGUGUCGAGGAGGAAGACGCCGGUGUGGCGGAUUUCCCAGCGGCCGACUGAGUCUGCAGACCGGAGGAGGACGCCUGCCGAGUGCUGGGUGUAGUUGCAACCAUCUUUCUCUGCAGAAACAAUUCUGCGCAAAAGAAGUUGAGUACGGACACGGAGCGCAUUCGAUCUGGAAAGAUGGAAGGCCUAUUUUGACAUAGUAGAGGAGCGCGGACUCUUCCAAACGCAAACGCAUCACUACAUAGUUCUUUUUCGACGCAACCAAAUUUUCUUCAUGGACAACGAAUUUGAAUUUGAUGUUAUGGCUCGAUAUUGUUUGAAAGACCUUGGUCUUGGAUCACGGAAAAAGGAAAAACUGGGAUUGAUAAUACAAGAAAAAUAGUUGAUAGAUACGGCAGCUGCGCGCAAAAGAGAUUUUACUUCGAGCUCACUUGACCUCAUUCGGGGUUUCGCUUUCGUUAUGCGAGAUGACCAAUCGCAUACGGUUACGGUGGUGUCCCAGGUAAACACGUGGAAGUAGACGUGGUGUUC